GCAAGAAUCUGUAAGUAUUCCUUAUUGGUUAAUAAAAUUGCUUUAAAUUAAAAAAAAAAUGUUUUUUUUUUAUUUUCAGGGUUUUGAAAUUAUCAGUUUCGCGCAGGUGGAAGUGCUGGAAGACUGGUCGGGUCACGAACCAGUGGAAACGGAUGGUGAAACGGAUCCCGACAACAGCUCCAGUGACACUCGCGCCUCUGUUAUCUUCCGGGGAGAAAGCUCCGGCACACAGAAGCCCGACGAGCCAGAAAACGGCACCUCAUCGGCAGAAAACCCAGCUCCAUUGUGCACAUCAACCCGGACGCCAACUACAGAAACACCACAGGCAAAAGUUGAACUACCACCAGAGGCGAUCCCCCAAUCUUCCGGACCCUCAGUAUCAGUAGGAAUCUCGUCCGUUCGCCCACCCCGAGCAUCUAUUUCGUUCGGCCCGGACCAACUGGUUGCCCUGUUGGAAAGCUCCAUCACCGGAAAAUCGCUUCUGGAAAGAGCUAAGCAAGACGACUUUUCUACACAUAGCCAAAAAGAGCUCGUAGGCAUUGUGGCGGAACACCACCUGAGCCUAGGAAUCAAAACAACGGAGGACACAUUGGAUAACUACGCCACAGCUAUUGUGCUGCUAUUCAAACAGGAGAAAAAGGAAUCGUAUUUCAUCCCACGGAGUGGUGGAAAGCGGAACCCAGGCGGAAAACUGUACAACCGAAUUUUCAAUCUCAAACAAAAGCGAGCAACGCGGGAGAAAUUCGAAGAAUCACGUCGAACCAAGAAAUUGAAACCAGGUUCCCUGGAAAUUCCGGAUUCAGAUGGUGAUGAGGCAUUCACUUGGCUUCAACUGAACAUUCAGCCGUGGAACACAACAUUGGCUAAAUGGACCACCAGCUUCAAUAAGAGGAAACACAACCUUCAGAACCCACUUGCAAUCGAUACAGUUUUGAAAACAUUCCGUCACUACAGACAAGAUCACGGCUAUCAGCUUAUUGACGCAGAUUUCCAUUCGUUGUAUUCAUCGGCGAGUGAGGGGCUGAUUCGCUUGGAGAAGGACUUAGCAGUACUUAUUGAACAGGUAUCUACAAAGUACAAGGAUGGUCAUUCAUCGAUGAUGGUGUCCUUACUGGAGCGGACUGAUUGUAGCAGAGGUAAUUUAAAAUUCAAAGCAAUGAAAGUUGCAAAUGCUUUCACGACAAUAUCAGUAGCAAUAGGGUCUUGUACCAUUUAGGCAGAUGCUCUUAUUUUGAGUACUUGUAGUUGUGUAUACAGUAUCUAACCGCGAGAACAUUCUAGUCAAAUGAUUUAUUCCUGACUUCUUCUUCUUCUGGGCGUAACGUCCCAACUGGAACAAAUCAUGCCUCAAUACAGUAGACGUUCGGUCGGUGCAAGUGGUUUAACUGCAAUGCUUUUUAACUGCAAGUCCGGUAAGUGCAACAAAUUUGCAGUUAUCGCACCGCUAUCCGUCGAACCGGUGCGCCAAGUUAGCCCAAAUGAACAGUUGAAUGAAUUUUACGUUCAUUUAACGUCAAGGAACUGUCCAU